AUUAAAAGUUGGAGCUACUUUGACCUUCCACGUCCCCCCGCGCUCUAGCUGAUUAAACAAAACUAAACCCUGGAAGUGUUUCGGGACCAUAACUUGACAUUUUCAUUCCGCCUUCCUUGUUAACACGGCUCCUCUGUUUGUCGCCGAGUUACUUAAGGGCAAACCUCAAUGUAUCUAGUGGUUCUCCUUUGAAAGGGACUUUGCACUGCUUUGGAAGCAAUAAACAAAAAAGAAAUGUCUGUUAAGACCAGACAGGUCUGUCGCUGUGUGAUGCGGCUCCAGUUCCCCCGGCGAGCGUUGGUGAUGGAGUUGGAGUUUUGACCUAAUCGAUGUCCUCUGAAGAUGGAUGGGAGUCGUCUUGUGCUCGUUGCUCUAAUGGGAGGUGGACGUUUGAUGCUUUUGUUCUGAAACAGGCACCAUUGGAAAUGAUCAUAUAAAGUGUUUUAUAUUGACCGGUGUAACUUGUGUAGCCCAGCCAUCGAGAGAAUUCCUCUCGACGUUCAUAAAAAAUGUAUUUCUCUGGGUUGCAUUAGUUUAACUGAGCACGAAGCUUUGAGGUAAAGAGGUAGCAGCGGUCCUAAAUCUCAAACAUAAAGCACUUGUCAUCACCCUGCAUAUCAACAAAGAUCAUAUUAAAUUAUGACCAAAUUCAAUUUGUUUUUGGAGAAUGGAAUGUAGUCCGUAAUAUUUGUCAAAUAUAGGAUCUGCGAUAAAUAUAUGCUCUUGCAUGCGCGAGGUGCAAGCUCAAGAUUGUGUGACAUCAACCAGCCGCCACUGAUUUAGACCCAAAGCAACGGCCUUUUUUUUUUUUUUACCUAACCAUGUAGUUUUAUUCAAUAAACCACAUUAAGUAUAUCAAAUUGUGCAAGUACAUUACAAGUCUGAUAUGUUUGCCGAGCUUCUGCUGCUGUUGACCCAAAGGUGAACACCCCGAAUCCUGUCAUCUGUACCACGAUCCCGUAUCCGUACUGCCUGCAGAACCACACUCUUCACUCUUUUCCAGCGUACCUCUGGGAGGCCGGCUUACCUGAUUUCCCCCGUUUCGGGGGCCCUUAUAGGCUUUAGUGGUGAGCCAUAAUUGUAUUUGGACCGGCUCAGACUUCUUGUAAUAAACUGCUCUUCGCUGCAACCCAAGACGGCACUCUCCUUCCUGCUGCUAUCAUGUAGCCACAGAAACCACCGGUACAACCCGCUCCGUGCGUCUCCCAUCGAUUUCCUGCCACGAUCCGCUUACCACAUGAUUCAAUUGUUGUGUGGAGGAGGGGGGGGUGGAGGUGAAAUGGGAUGCGAGCCAUCACCUCGUAAGUGCUGCUGCUGCUGCGCGCCUUUCACCUGAUUUCCCUUUUGUGCUCACCUCGGCUCCCACGUGCAGCCUUUGGGGUCCUAUCUUCCUAAUCACAAUCUGCCGUACUCUUUAGUCCUUGAGUGCUCCCCCCCCUUCCACAUCCAUAACGCCAUCUCUUGUGCGUCUCCCUCUGAUUGGUCUCUUUGUCUCUCCGUUUCCUCUCGUCACUCUCUUCAGAACUCUUCUGGGGCGGACGUGAAGAGAGUGAGCAGACGUAUCUCCUUCCAUUCCAGUGUCUCACGUUAAAGUGUUUUGAGCUCCCGUCCUUUUUAAGUCCAUCCUUGGCUUUUGCUCCAUCAAGACAUUGUUUGACGCAUUGAUCUCCUAAGUCUCCAUCACGUUAAUCUUUCCUUCUCCAGCAGUUUUGUCCUCUCAGUUUUCCUUCCCCGCGCCAUGGACGUAGGACAUGGAUUGCGUGAGGAGAGGGUGGACACCAGCUCCUCUGACUGUUCUUGGACAUCGUGUGACCUGAGCACUGAACUCACGUCAGUCAGCUCUGACCAAGUCUCGACCCCCGGCGGCCCGAACACCUUCGAGGAGCAGGAGCACCACCACCCCCAAAAGAAGUCCUCCUCCGUCAAGGUGUCUUCUGAGGCGCGGAACAGGCCGGUUGCAUGGAGGGAGACGUCUUUCCUCGGGAGUGAUGACCAUAAGAACAAAAUGUCCGGCUGGCCCCCCCCUGGCCCAGGCUCCUGGGCUGGACUGCAGGGGCCUCCAUACAGCUGGGACAGCAUGAGCAGUGCCAGGGAGGGACGGGACUGCCUCACCAACCAAGUGUCCCAGUGCAGCUCCCUGGAGGAGGUCCACCUGGACGGGGUCCCGCCCGCCCCCCGCCUGGUGGAGAUGAGACGGGACCCGGUCCUUGGCUUCGGCUUCGUGGCGGGAAGCGAGAAACCGGUGGUGGUCCGCUCUGUAACACCAGGUGGUCCGUCGGAGGGGAAGCUGCUGCCAGGCGAUGAGAUCAUCAUGAUCAACGACGAACCCGUCGGAUCGGCGCCCAGAGAACGAGUCAUCGACCUCGUUAGGAGCUGCAAAGAAUCCAUCGUGUUGACUGUCGUCCAACCCUAUCCUUCCCCUAAAUCAGCGUUCAUCAGUGCAGCCAAGAAAGCCAUGCUCAAGUCCAAUCCGGUCAAAGUGCGCUUUGCAGAGGAGGUCAUUAUAAACGGCCAGGUUCCAAACCUGGUGAAGGACAACUCGCUUCUGUUCAUGCCAAAUGUCCUGAAGGUCUACCUGGAGAACGGGCAGACAAAGUCUUUUCGCUUCGACAGCAGCACUUCUAUCAAGGACGUGAUUCUGACCCUGCAAGAGAAGCUGUCCAUCAAAUGCAUCGAGCACUUCUCCCUGGUGCUGGAGCACAGGACGGAAGGCUCUGGAAGCAAACUGCUUCUCCUCCACGAGCAGGAGAUGCUUACUCAGGUGACCCAGAGGCCCGGCUGUGAGGAGAUGAAGUGUUUUUUCCGGCUCAGCUUCGUGCCCAGGGAUCCCGUGGAGCUGCUCCGGAGGGACGCUGUGGCGUUUGAAUACCUCUAUGUACAGAGUUGCAACGACGUGGUGCUGGAGCGCUUCGGCACAGAGCUCAAGUACGACGCGGCGCUGCGACUGGCCGCUCUGCAGAUGUACAUCGUCACCCUGACGACCCGACAGAGCCAGAAGGUGUCCCUGAAAUACAUCCAAAAGGAGUGGGGUCUGCCGCUGUUCCUGCCCCCCGUCGUGCUCUCCAGCAUGAAGGAGAAAAACAUCAAGAAGGCUCUGACGCACAUCCUAAAAACCAACCAGAACCUCGUGCCUCCAGGGAAAAAACUGACUGCGUUGCAGGCCAAGGUGCAUUACCUGAGGUACCUCAGCGAGCUCCGACUCUACGGAGGGAGGGAGUUCAACUCUGUACUUUUGCAGGGGGAGAAGCAGACCGAGGUGACGCUGCUCGUGGGCCCCCGUUACGGCAUCAGUCACGUCAUCAACACCCGGACCAACCUGGUGGCCCUCCUGGCCGACUUCAGCCACGUCAACCGCAUCGAGAUCCUCACCGAGGACGAGACCAACGUCCGGCUGGAGCUGCACGUUCUGGAUGUCAGGCCCAUCACGCUGAUCAUGGAAGCCAGUGAUGCGAUGAACUUGGCCUGUCUCACAGCGGGCUACUACCGCCUCCUAGUGGACUCGAGAAGAUCUAUCUUCAGCAUGCCCUACUGCAAUAGCACCGGAGGAGAUGACGCUGGUCCGGAUCGUGUCCUGGAAUGGCCGUACAGCACGUCUCUGGGGGACAACGAGGAGGCGUCCCAGAGCCAAGAAGAGGUCUACAACAGGGACUCUGAGUAUCCCAACAACGGGCGGAGAGAAAACAGCAUCUCUUCUUACUUCCGUGAACCCCCGAACACCGACAGGGACCCCGGGACGCGGAGGAGUCCGCUGCCCCCUCCUCUUCCGCCCGCCACCAGACACAAACCUCAAGACUCUCCUCGGAGCGCCAAAGUGUCGUUCAUAUUUGGCGGGGACCCCCCCUUGAGCCAGCCCAAGCAGUCGGGCUACGACAGACUGUUGGAGAGCCCCGAGGCCCCCGAGCAGAGGCGACCCUACUCGCACAACAACACGGACUUCCGGCCGCACGACCGGGCGCCAUUUCAUUUCGCUGGUCUGACGCACGUCUACAGCAACAUCCUGACGGAGGAAGGCGGCGAGGAGCCCCUGCUGCGGGAUCUGUUCUAUCGCGACACAACGGACGACGCGGAGGACGACGAUGACGCCUCCUGCGAAGAGGACUCCAUCGGGGGCACGCCGGUGGGCGACGACGGGGGAGGCCAGGGAGGCGGGCUGGCAGCGGCGGCCGGCCAGGCGGCCUUCUUGGCGUUCUCCGGCUCCACCGACGACAUCAUCGACCUGACGUCGCUGCCCCCGCCCGAGGGAGACGACAGCGUCAUGGACGACGAGGACGACACGCUGCUGCAGACGCUCAACCUCGCCAUCGCCGCGCCUCCGCCGGGCUUCCGGGACAGCUCCGACGAGGACGCGGCGCCGGAGGGGAGGCCGCUGAGCACCCACGGCAACGACGACAUCCCCGUGUCGCUCAUCGAUGCCGUUCCAACGCAGGGCGAGGGGGAAGGGAGCCGGGGAGGGGAGAGGAGGCUGGAGAAUGCGGUCAUGCAUACUCUGCAAGCACUGGAGGCUCUGUCCGUCUCAGACCAGAGGCCCCCCCCGCCGCCCCCCAACAGUAGCAAUCCAGGUGUGUACUCGUCUCGAGGCUUCAGCCCGGAGUCGUCCUCAGAUUCCGGCAAUGAGACCAACUCCUCGGAGAUGACCGAAAUCUCGGAACUGGCGGCGUCUCACAGGCUCAACGAGAGCCACAUGCGUCUCCUGUUGGCCACGAGGGAAGGCUACCAACCUUUACUUGAGGAGAAAACGGAUUUCCCCGUCUCGCCAAACACAGCGGGGACGAUACAGAAGAAACCCCGUAGUCCGAACCGCCACCUUCAGCCUCCGGCCGUCCCCCCGAGACGCAGCCCUCUUUUGGACACCGCUUCAUCGGGGCCCGACAGCUUGGCGGUGAGAUCCCAGACGAAACUCUCAGCCACCCUCCAGCGACCGAGUUCCACCACGCCGGGGGGCAAGCACCACAAAAAGUCGGCGGACUCGAGUGGCAAGUACAACACCUUCAGCACAAGGGACGGGCACCGGGGGGAGAGCGGUGGGAGCCGCGGCCGUCCCGAAAUGGACCAGCGCACCUCAUUCUGCGAGCGGGAGGAAGGUCAAAGGAGACAGAGUUCUUUUUUGGAGGAGACUGCCGCGUCCGAAGGCGCGGCGGUGAACAGCCUCCCCCGCGACCACCACAGGAUCCCCCGCCCUCCUUCCGCCAGCUGCGACCGCCUGUCCGACGUCGUCACCGUGGGGCACUGCGGCGCAGACAACGGAGCCGCAGCUGUUGAGCAGGACGAGCAUCUGGUUGUGGCCUCACUGAUGUCCCAGACCACAAAAUCCAGAUCGGCGGGGUCGGACCAGGGGUCGGACGUGCAAAACGACCAUCAGCCGAUUUCUAGACAGCAGAGUGUCGCGCGGUUGUGCGAGUACCACCUAGCCAAAAGGAUUUCCAAUUUGCAAGGGGAGGCCCACAGUUCGCUACAGGGCUCUCUGUGCUCGUCGCUGGACGCCGGCGGCAGCACCAACAGCAGCGCCUGCGGCACCCCGAACGACUCGCCCCUCGGCCCCGGCGCGGUUGAAUCAAAACACCAUUUGCAAAGGCACCCGCUCUCGAGCUCCUCCUCCUCAUUAAUCAGGGUGCUAAACUAUGAGGACGGCAAACCCGGAAUCCCGCGAGGCCUCCCGAGCCAGAGCGGUCAGGGAAGGGACCUCCACCCUCAUGCAGACCCCGCCCUGCUUCGGAAAAUGCUGCCCAACAUUCACCCUCCCGCUGGCGGGGCCGAACCGGGCCGCCCCUCCUCGGCCACACCAUCUAAGCAUAAAGAGACGACAGGUACUGUGAGCAAGAGGCCCCUGAAUGAUCUGCAUGCUAAGCAACAGGCCUCUUUAAAGGGGCUGAACCAGAAGGAAGGCAGCGAGGCCUACAGGCAACUGAUUAACUAUCUAACAGUCAGCCAGAUGCAUCAGGGAGGGAAGCUGCACAGUGCAGGCCUGGGAGGGGCAGUAAAAAAGGACACCAGGCGCUUUAUCACGAGCAACCCUCAGCUCGUGGAGAUGGUAAAGAAUAGGGGCAACACCGUUCCCCGCUGCCCGUGUAUGCCUUCAUCCGUAUCAUCCCCAUUCCUCAGCCCAAAUUUAGCCGCCCCCAACGCCAACACCGCGCAGCUGGCAGGUAGAAACCCCCAGUUGUACCACUCUGCCACACUUCCCGCCAACCUCAAGAGAAGUUCUGACAUGCAUGCUCAGAAACUGAAUGACAGUCUAGAUUUCCCGCCGGCCACUGCCGAGAGGAGAAGCUCCUUCUCUGGCCUGGAAAGCGAGCUAGAGAGGAGUGGCAUGGACCCAGAGCCCUUCCUGUCGCUGUAUAGGAGAGAGGGCUGUAUGAGUCGUGACGGGGGAUUCGUUGCAGGUGGAAAGGGCGAGGGCGGGGGGACCGCUAACCGCCCCCCGCCUCGGUCGAGAAGCCAGCCUAGUAGCAGCGCUGAGGAAUGGUCGAGGUCAGAGCCGCGGGGAAAGCAUGCAGUUCGCCAGUCGCCACAUUCUCGUCCUAAUGAUUCUCUUUGUUUCUCUGCUGCCCCCAGUGUAAGUGGUCAACGGGCUGACCUCAACAGCGUCUCACUAGGGAGAGGAGACCACCCUUCAGCUUUUGUCAGGCAGACAUGUGCCGGCAAUAGGGCUUGCAUUACAUCUUCAACUCCCAACGCGAAACCUCCCCCUCCUCCACCACCUCCUCCUCCUCCUCCCCCACCUCCACCGUUGUCUUUUUCCUCGCAAGCCAACGCUAGCGCCGGCAACUCGGUACGCGCGCAGGAGACCGCCCAUCCCAUGCUGUCCCGGCCGAGUCAGAACCACAUUCAGGCUGCCACGCUGAACCCAGCCCAGACGGAUCCCUGCUGCAAUAGCCUGCAACGGGGCAGGGAGCUCAAACGCAGCUCCAGCAACGUGACCGCCAGUUCCGGGAGUGUGGAGCUUCUGUUCGAUAAGCCCACCCGGUGCCGGAGCCAGCAGCCCUUGUCGCCAUCUGUGCCCCUGCAAGGUGAGAGCAAAGUCCAACGGAGGCCGACGAGGAAGCGGCUCUCCAAGAGCUACUCCCAAGGCUCUGUGUCCUGCCAGACGUGCUGGUCCACGGGCAGCAGAAGGGCGUCCGUGGCACUGCCGCUGCAGAAAGACGCUAAACACGCCAAGGGCUCUCAAAAACUGGAAACCAGCCCCUGGAGGUGCAAUGGGCCUUUUAGCUACUGCUUCUUCAAACGUAAGAGCGAGGGAGAGGAGGACGACACCGAGUGGGAGAGGCCGCGGCGAAGCCGCGUCGGGGACGACAUGGGGAACGGCUGUGCGGCGGCAUCGGCCAUAAUGCCGUGUGGCUCAGCCGUGGAUGUCGCUGGCGAGCAGCUGUACGGCGAGGUCCUCAACAACAUGAGCUUCAGCGACCGCCUGGCGCGAAUCAACGCACUGAAGGACCGCAUGUACUGCUUCCCGUCGGGCUUCGGCGACGUACGCCGCGACGCCAGCGAGCUCAUCGCCCUGGUGAGGUCCAGCGUUGGCCGCUGCGAUCGCGGGGCCCAGAUGCCUCUGCAGGACGUCUCCCAGUUCAAGCAGCUCCUCUCGGUCGAGUCGAAGGAGUUGGGCCGGGCGUGCCGGAGGAUGGCGCAGGCCCACGGCAGUCCCGAGGAGAUGCUGCUAGCCGUGACCUGUAGCUUCCAGGUGCUAUGCUGUCUCUGCGAAGCGUGCAUGUGUCUGGUGAGGGGGCUCGGAGCCUCAGCCUCGCACCAACAGAGGGAGGUUGUGGCCAAGGUCGACGAGGUCGUUAUGAACUAUAUCUGUCUGCUCAAAGCGGCCGAGGCGGCCACCGUGGGGGCGCCGGGGGAGCACAGCGUGAAAGCCCUGGUCCGCCACUCCAGCACCAUGUCGGCCAUUGCUAACGCACUCACCCGCUCUCUUAAAACGCUGCUUAGCAAGUAGAGGCUACUCUUUAUGCUUUAAGUGUGGCCUACGCAGUCAGUAUUAGUCUGUCUUUAAGCAUCUUUUUAUUUUUGGUUGUGCUGAAGAAGCUGUACAUUUUUCACACACGGUGUGGGCGAUCUUCAUAUCAAAAUGGAUAUAGUUUAAGAAUAGCUGCGAUUUAACUUAACGCGGCAGUUUAACAUAACUCAAACCGGGGAAAAGAACGAUGCUGAGAGUUAGUGCUAUCUGACUGCACUUGCUUUUUUCUGAUGACAAUAUUGUAAUGUAUAUACACAAAGCCAUACUGUCACAAACCUUUGGAAUAUAUGUACCUAAUAGAUAUAAUUUUACCUGUGCAUUAUGUAACUUAUUUAAAACAAAAUGUAUAAAAUGUACAUACAAUCAAUAUAAAUAUAUUAUUGGCCGUAGCAGUUCCAAGAAGCCAACGAGUUCGGCAUAAUUUGCGGCUGGAGUUAAUUCACGUUCAUUUCAAUCGGUUCAUGAAAUGCAGUUUUACUACAGAUAUUUAGAAUGUACCUGUAGAAAUGUAUCACUGUCAGUCCAGUGAGGAGGUGGUUGGUAUCACUGUAACCACAUGAUUUAAUCUGUUUAAUUUCUGAAAUGACUGUGUAAAGGUGAGGUUAUUUCAACACUAGUGUUUUACAAUUGAAUUGUAUUAUUUGUAGGAAAAGAGCAACAUUUUUUGGAUUUGUUGACAUUGCACUGCAUUCGCCACAGCUUCAUAAUUUACCUUUUGGAUAUAUAUUCAACUAAUAAACAGUAAAUAAUAAACUAUCCUCACAAAAGGGAAUAUAUUAGACCUACAACACAAUCAUUCAUCAUUUAGAGAAAAACAUUCUGUCAUGAAAUAUGUCAGAUUGACUACCGUGUUCAUUAUGUCUAAUUGUUGUAAACUUGUGUUUUACCUGUUUUGGACCAAUUCUGUGCUUGACGGACAAGAUACAGUCAAGUCUCUUGAGAAGAAAUUAAAUUCCUGUUAUUUUUUGUUUUUCAAUAAUCCACCAACGUAUUAAACACAUUUUACAGAUA